CCCAACCCUAUCCCAUGUGACCCACCCACACGGGCUAUAUAGUUGGGAUAUUAACGUUAUGUAGUUAGUAUGAUCUCGGCGGGCAGGGGGGGACUAAAACUUAUUCAUGCUCCGCACUUGCACUGUACGGAGUAGUUAGCAUUAGUUGCUGCUAGCUAGAUAUAAUAAAACACAUUACUUGAAACCUCCUUACAUGGAGAAGCAAUGCUGAGAUUUGUAAUGGCAAUGCAUUUCUCAGGUUUCGACUUCAACUCGCUGGGGAGGAAUUACCAAAUGGAGUAGCUCCGGCAUGCCAAACCUCCAUGUUCUGUUCUACGCGCCCAAGUGGCUGUUGGUCAGCUCGAAGCAUGAAACCUGGCACCCUGCCAAUGCUAAGUCAUCCAUGGCUACUGUGUCGAGGUUAGUCACAGGCACCUAGGCAUUACCACUUGCCAGUCGGAAUAGCUCUCUGCUAAAUGAAAGUCCACUUUGCUUCGGCGGAGUAUCUCCUAUCAUGGACCAUUAGAUAAUGUCUGUUCGUAUCUCGUGUGCCUAACUGCGCUGGGUGAGUUGCUGUGCUGAAUGGCGCGGUUCCAUGGAUUUCUCUGCUUCUAUCCCGUCGUAGUUCUGUAGACGGGGUAUAUAUGGGGAUGGAGAGCCUGAGCUGGACGGAAAGAAAACUGCUAUUCAGUGUAAACAACGUGUUCUACUUUAGUCUUCUUCAAACCAAUUGAUCCCCUCCCCAUCCUCGUAUACUCAAUCUAUAUCUCACAGAGCCAACUACUACCUUAUCCCUCAGGGCCAUAAGCAGCGAUCUACAAAAAUGAGCUUCACUUUCGACGUGAUCAAAGGCGCCAAAGACGGGAGGCUUGUCGCAGCCAAGACAACUCGGUCUUUGCAGCCAAAUCAGGUCUAUAUCGAGAUAACACACUCCGGGGUGUGUGGCACAGAUGAGCAUUACAGGCAUGUAGACCAGGUUCUGGGCCACGAAGGAAUCGGGAUUGUGAGAGAGGCCGGGUCUGGAGUCACCAAUGUCGACGUCGGAGAUCGAGUUGGUAUCGGAUACUUCCACGAAGUCUGCGGGCUUUGCCCAAGUUGUUUGGCAGGUUGGGACCAAUACUGCGAGAAUAAAAAGGAAUACGGCAGCGCUAAUUUAGAUAUCGGGUCCUUUGCUAAUGGCGCUGUCUGGAACGCUGACCUCGUCUUUCGCAUACCCGAUGGUAUUGACUCAGUUGAUGCCGCUCCCUUAAUGUGUGCUGGAGGAACGGUCUGGACAAUUUUGGCCGAAUAUGGGGUACGGCCAGGAGACCGUGUUGGGAUCCUUGGUGUUGGUGGCCUUGGACACUUGGCUAUCAAGCUCGCUGCGGCCAUUGGUAGCCAUGUGGUAGUUUUGUCGAGUAGCGAAGCAAAGAGACAGGAAGCUAUAGACUACGGUGCCAGCGAGUACCAUGUGUUCCGUUCAGGCCAGACCCUGGAGAGCAUGAAGCCCUUGAAGCACCUGCUGCUCUGUGGGAGUGCUGGGGUUGACUUCAACUCGCUCAUCCCGUUGAUGGACAAACAAGGGUCCAUAUACCCAAUCACAGUCGACAUGAACCCAUCCUCUAUUCCCUUGUUCCCUGUACUUCACAAUGGAAUUCGCAUUCAAGGGUCGCUGGUUUCGUCACGCCGCAACAUGCAUAAAUUACUGCAGCUUUGUGCAGCAAAGGGCAUCAAACCCACCACGAUGCAGUUCCCGUUGACCGUGGCUGGCGCAGAGGAGGCUAUGAAGAAUCUCCGAGAAGGCAAGAUCAGAUAUAGGGCUGUCCUUGCCCGUGAAGGCGUUUGAGUUGAGAGGGGAAAAAAUGAAAUACAUUCACCCUGGCGGAGUAUGCUACUCUGAAUUUUUUUUUUUUUUUUAAUUAUUUUUAUACCUUUUAAUAUCCAACUUGCUCGUAAUGUUAUAAACAAUGCAUUAUAUCGCAAACCCAUAGAUAUAAAUUCAAGAUCUCAGAUUGGACCUGUUAAUUUGAAAUUUGUGGGAGCGUGGGUAAAAACGGGAUUCCUUGACGCUGCGUGAAAGAUCUAACAGUCACUAGAAUGCAAAGAAAAGGCUUGCAAACCAGAACUCAUAGCAGAGAAGUUACGGCAGUCUAUACGGAGUAGUGACAAAUGUCAAAUGGGGUAUUUUAUACUAGUGUUACAAUGAGCACACAUGAAUGAUACUGAUUGUAUUAGCAAUCAAGAUCUCUUCAUUGAAAGUUGUAUGAAAUAAU